AUGUUCUGCCUUUCUAAUGAAGUUCUUAUUUUAGAUAAGCUUUUGAAGGUAAUUCUCAGCUAUGGAGAAAACCGACCCAAUUCCCCAUACUUACAAACCAAGACGUUUUCAUUGGUAUAUUCGUCCGAAGAUAAGCUUUCGAAGGAAUUCUCAGCUAUGGAGAAAACCGACCCAAUUCCGCAUACUUACAAACCAAGACGUUUUCAUUGGUAUAUCCGUCCAAAGGACCAGGAUAUAUGUGACGUGGACAAGAUGCGUCCAUCAACUUCACAGGAUCUUAGUCAAGAGUCCCUUUCACAUAGUAAUAGGGUGAGUCGUGCGCACAUGUAUUAA